CCGGCAUUAAAAAAGAAAAAGAAUUACUGUCUUUUCCUUCUCCCCUCUCUCUCCCGAUUCAAAGAAACAAACAAGGUUUAGCACUUGAAAGAUCGUGAAUGCUGUAGAAAACAUAAAUGGCGUAUAAUUAUUCAGGGUUUGGAAAGCAGUCAGGCCCCUCUGUUCCCACAAAAUCCCUUCCCACUUUCGGAAAUUUAACUCCUCCUCCUCCCUCCUCUACUUCUCCUUUUCCCAAUUUUACCCCAUCUCCAUCGCCCAGGCAACCUGAAGUUAUAGAGAGGACAACUUCACCUUCUGUGCCUUUUGGGAGCUCAGGUCCAACUGCCAGACCUUACCAAACUUCCAGAGAAAGAAGACCCGAGGCUCCACAGAAAGUGCUAUCACCUCCUUCAGCAUUUGAAAACCCUCAUCUUGUUGCAGUUCCUUCUUUCUCAUCUGCAGGGGUCCGUAGAUCCAUUGAGCCUCCUCGUAGAUUGGAUGAUGGGCAAAGAUAUUUCUUCAAAGAUUAUGAUGCCUCAUCUCAUCCCAGGCCUUCUGCAGUGACAUCAGUUGUUGCUUCACGUAAUUCUGGAACUAGUGCCACAGCUAAGAUUGCCCGAUUCCAAGAUCUAAAAAGGACCAGGUCACCUCCUUUACUGUCUGGAGAUGAAGAAUUUUCGAGAAAAUCUAGUCAACCUAUGGUUUCAAGCCAUUCAGAUUUGUUUGUUGAUGAUCACAGUCCCUUAGCUCCAGUGAGAACGGUGUCACCUUCUGCUUUUCAAAGCAAUCAUUAUGUUGAUGCUUUUCACCCUUCUUUUGAUGAAGGUCAACAACCUCUUUUAUCUUCUCCUAUGGGGGGUGAUCAUGCCAAGCUGCUUGGCAAUUAUCCCAACUUAGUUGCUCAUCAAGGUCAGUCCAGAGCCUCACCUAAUAUUGGUUCUUAUGAUUCUGAAAGAAGUUAUUUGGAGCAAGUGCCUAAUGUGCAAGUCCCAAAAAGGACCAAGUCCCCACAUGUGCCAUCAGCAAAUGGACUUUCCUGGGAAAACCCUCGGUUUGCUCUUAAUGACUCUAAAAGGUUCAAUGGUUUUCACAGUUCACCUGAUUCUCAAGUUUCUCAGAGGUCUGUGCCAUCUGCAAACAGUACUGGUGUUGUUACUACCAGGUCCACCAGCUCACCCAUUUCAAAAAGAACUAGGUCUCCUCCACAUUCUUCUGAUGAAGGUCUACAGGGAAACUUGAAUUCCUCUCAACACGAUACUGAACGAGAAAUGCAAGCCAAGGCAAAGCGACUGGCUCGUUUCAAGGUUGAACUGAGUGAAGAUGUGCAAACCAGUCCUGAUGUAUCCAAUCAAAGAGUUUCUACUAAUAGACGAGAACAGUCUGCUGUGGAGAGGCAAAAAGUUGUUGGGGCUCCUUUAGAAUCAGCAAAGGAUUAUCCGAAUGACAAUUCUUUAUCUGAAUAUGAAGGCUUGGAAACAUCCAGUAUAAUUAUUGGGUUAUGUCCAGAUAUGUGUCCUGAGUCAGAAAGGGCAGAACGAGAAAGAAAAGGAGACCUUGACCGGUAUGAACGCUUUGAUGGAGAUAGAAAUCAAACUAGCAAAUCCCUUGCUGUUAAGAAGUAUAAUAGGACAGCAGAGAGGGAAGCCAAUUUAAUACGACCCAUGCCAAUCCUGCAGACGACGGUUGGUUAUCUGCUCGAUUUGCUAGAUCAGCCUUAUGAUGAAAGGUUUCUUGGCUUGUACAAUUUUCUAUGGGAUAGGAUGCGAGCUAUCCGGAUGGACCUGAGGAUGCAGCAUAUUUUUAACCAAGAAGCUAUUACUAUGCUGGAACAAAUGAUAAGGCUUCACAUCAUGGCCAUGCAUGAGCUAUGUGAAUACACUAAAGGAGAGGGCUUUGCCGAGGGAUUUGAUGCACAUCUCAAUAUUGAACAGAUGAAUAAAACAUCAGUUGAAUUGUUCCAGAUGUAUGAUGAUCACAGGAAAAAGGGGAUAAAUGUGCCAACGGAAAAAGAAUUUCGAGGUUAUUAUGCGCUUCUUAAAUUGGACAAACAUCCUGGGUACAAAGUUGAACCAGCAGAGCUAUCGUUGGAUCUAGCAAAGAUGACUCCAGAAAUAAGACAAACACCAGAAGUAUUAUUUGCCCGUGACGUUGCUAGAGCUUGUAGAAUGGGUAAUUUUAUCGCCUUCUUUCGACUUGCAAGGAAAGCUAGUUAUCUUCAAGCAUGCCUAAUGCAUGCUCAUUUUGCUAAGUUACGAACCCAGGCGCUUGCUUCUCUACACUCUGGUCUACUGAAUAACCAAGGUCUCCCUGUUGCCCAUGUUGGGAGGUGGCUUGGUAUGGAGGAAGAGGACAUAGAAAGCCUUUUAGAGUAUCAUGGGUUUUUGAUAAAGGAAUUUGAGGAGCUAUAUAUGGUGAAGGAAGGCCAAUUUCUCAAUAGUGACAGUGACUAUCCUACCAAGUGUUCAAAACUUGUCCACACGAAAAGGUCGAAAACAAUGGUUGAGGAUAUUUUGGCUUCUACUCAAGCUAUAUCGUUGCCUAUUGAAGCAAAAAAAGAAAUUCAGCUGGAUAAGAUCCAUAAGCAUGACACAACAUCCAUUCCUUCUGUUAGAAGGAAAAUUUCAGUCCGUGCAGUUGAUGAAGAAAUGUCUGAUUCUGCAGCCAUUUCAUCCCCAAAAAAAGGCAGACCGGUGCCGCCCUUAAUUGAGACAUCGAUGGUUGGUCGACAAAAUCAAGAUGACCACAAGGUGACUACUGCCUGUACUUUGCCCUGGAGUUUCUCAGUGGCUCAUACUUCCCCUAAACCCCAGCCAGCUGAAGUUGUACCUGAGGAGAAACAAGACGAUGCUUUUUUCAGAAUGUCUCCAGAGAAUAGGACUGCUUUUUUCACGGAUGUUUUUCCUAUCCAAUCUGUGCCAAGAACAUCUCAGCAAGAUAGAUCCCUCAGUUUUAGAAGAUAUGAUUAUUCUGUAGAUAAUACUUUGCCUCAAAUUGUAGCUACUAAUAACUUAGAAGAUGAAGAACCUUCUGUUACUCAUCGAGAAAAGGAAAAUGAUGAAGUUAUGAUAAGUGAAAAAGAUGAAGCCAUGGAAAAUGAAAAGGAUGAAGUUAUGGCAAGUUAUUUAGAGGAAGAAGUUGCUUUGGCAAAACUCAAGUUAAUCUUAAGGUUAUGGAGGCGUCGUUCUUCAAAGCAAAAGGAGUUGCGUGAACAAAGGAAACUAGCUGCAAAUGCUGCACUAAAUUCAUUGUCAUUGGGACCACCAAUUCAAAAGAACAAAGUUCAACCAUUCACACGUGGCGAGUUUGAUAUUGAUCAUGUCAUGAUGGAGAGAUAUGAGAAACAUGAACGGUCAUGGUCAAAGCUGAAUGUUUCAGAUGUGAUAGCAGGUAUACUUGGCAGAAGAAACCGAGAUGCCAAGUUUCUGUGCUGGAAAAUUAUUCUAUGUUCUCAGGACAGUCAAGAACGGGAUGAACACAUGCAGAGAACCCAGGUUUCCCAUUUUGCAGCAGAGUCAUGGUUGUUUUCAAAGCUUAUGCCUCCUCGGAAAGAUUAUGAUGAUGAUCUGGUAGUUUCAUCUCCUGGCCUUUCAAUUUGGAAGAAGUGGCUUCCUAGCCAAUCUGGUUCUGGUUUGACCUGCUGCUUUUCAAUUGUUAAGGAGACAAAAGUUGACCAUCCAAAUGAUACUGUAUCCGGUGCAAGUGCAGUUCUGUUUCUUGUAUCUGAAAGCAUCCCAUUGAAGCUCCAAAAAUUUCAACUCCAUAAUCUUUUGAUGUCAAUACCUUCCGGUUCCUGCCUGCCUCUUCUGAUCCUUAGUAGCUCAAAUAAUGAAGAGGUUUUAGAUCCUUAUGCUGUUAUAGUCAAUGGUUUGGGCCUCCGUGACAUUGAUAAGUCAAGGGUUAAGAGUUUUAUGGUUAAAUUCCUUGUUGGGAACCAACAAAAGGGUUACUCGGAUGGAUUUUUCAGUGAUGAGCAACUAAGGGAAGGGUUAGAGUGGCUGGCAGAUCAGUCACCUGUACAACCUGUUGUUCGUUGUGUUAAAACACGCGAACUCAUCCUGACUCACCUGGGUUCUGUUCUGGAGGUGCUUAACAAAUUGAGUGAUCAUGAAGUGAGUCCAAACCACUGUAUAUCAGCUUUCAAUGAAGCCUUAGAUCGGUCGCGGGAGGAAAUUGUGGCUGCUGCUAAAGCAAAUCCUGCCAGUUGGCCUUGUCCUGAGAUUGCAAUGGUGGAUAAUUCUGGUGAUGAAUAUUUCAUGGAGAAUUGGUCUGUGCCAAGCUUAGGAUGGAGCUCUGCAACAAGAAUAGAAUUACUCGAGUGUUCAUUGAAGAACGUAAAACUUCCAGCUUUUCCUGAUGAUAUAUCCUGGUUGAGCAGAGGUUCUAACAUGGGCAAGGAGAUUGAGAUUCAGAGAUCACAACUUGAAAGUUGCUUGAUUAGAUAUUUGACACAAUCAUGUAACAUGAUGGGAAUUUCACUGGCAACAAAAGAGGCAUCAAUAAUGCUACAAAGAAGCACGAGGCUUGAGCUCCAAAACUUGAGCUACUACAUGGUUCCAAACUGGGUAGUGAUUUUCCGGCGGAUUUUCAAUUGGCGAUUAAUGAGUCUAACCAAUGGGGCCUUAUCUUCAGCUUAUGUUCUGGAGGAGCAUUUUGCUGCUUCAGCUUCAGCUUCUGAUAAUCUGGAUAAGUUAGGAUUUGAAGGUACUCUAUCUCCGCCUUAUAGCUUAAGUCAUCUGUCUUUAGAUGAAGUACUGGAAGGUGGCUUCAGCCCUCUUUUGACUCAGAGGACUCACUCUCAGCCAGAAGUGCAGAGGCAUUUACCAGGGGUAGCGUUAAAUGGUGAAGUUCAAGAACCUGCUAACAUAAUUAACUUAGAAGAGGAUGAAAGAAAUUCCUCACAGAAUGAUAAAUACGUCGCGGCAGAUGAUGUUUCUGACACAAGUAAAUUAAACAACACAGCUAGUAAAAUAAUGUUGUCCAAAAAUGUGACGAGGGAAACCGAAAAUUUAAGCAAUUUGUUUGAGCGAUGCUACUUGCUGCAGAACACAAAUGACAAGAAGCUGUCCGUUUUUUUCUGAUAUGCUAAUUGCUUUGUGGAAGAAUUUUGUACAGUUGUUAAAUAUAAUUUUGAGAAGGAGAGUCUGUCUUUGUAGCAUCAUUCCGAUUUUUUUUUUUAAUGUACAAUAAGGAUAUAAUAAGAUCUUUGUACUUC